AUGAGCGAGCCGAUUGUGGUUCUUGCGCUCUUGAUGGGAGCGUUGGCCAGUUAUCUUCUUCUCUUCUCGCGCAAAUCGGCCCACGGCCCAUUGACCGGAUCAAAAUUAGAUGUUGACGCUGGCGAGGAUACGAUAACGAUGCUAAGGAGAUCCACUCUUGCCACGCGUCUUGCGAGACCGGGAGCGCCGAUCAUGAAGAGGCUGUUCAGUGUCAGUAAUCCGUUUGUCUGCGACUCGGCAGCAGUACAAUCUUCCUAUCGUCAAGCAGUGUACAAGGCCAUUGCCCAGGUGGACGACCGUGCAUGGGUAGCGGUCGCUCGUACAGUGGCGAGAGCUGCGAAGCCUCUUCUAUGCCGACGCUCGUGGCCUAACGGCACUGACACCAUCACGGCCGAUCUGAGACAUAUGAGCCUCAACACAUCGCUCGCUGCCGUGCUCAAGACCUUCUUUGACAUCGACGACGUCCCGCACGAGCAGCUCAGCUGGAUCGCCUACGAAAUCCACCACGUUAUGCACCAUGGCAAACUCUUCCUCCUGACCGGUGCCUCCGUCCACGAAAUCCCAGAAGACUUGCUGCGCCGCGUAGACGCCCUGAUUCAGACUCUACAGAACCUUUUCACAGAGCACCAAGUAUCGACAGAGCUCGCGCAGACAAUCCUCUACUCCGUCUCCGGGUCCCCCGACGACUUCAACCCACUCAACCUCCUCAUUCCCGCCUUCGAAGCACCCUGGAGAGCAAACCUGUACACAAUCCUCUCGGUCCUCCAGCCCGGCCCAAGCAGCCCAGACUAUCUUCUCGCACUGCGAGGCUGCCCAGCCGCGCACCCGCUCCCCCCUCUCGCCCAAGCAAUCGCCUACGAAUCUCUUCGCCUCUACCCACCCGUCCGCCGUGUCAGUCGCAUCCCCAGGUUUGUCGACAUCGAAGCCAUCCAACGGGACCCGGUCCACUGGGGCUCCACCGCGCAGCGCUUUGAUUCGAGCCGGUUCUUGAAGGCCGACGGCAAACACGUCCGCUCGUCGCUCGUCGGAUCGCAGCAAUUCGCGUGGAUUCCGUUUGCGGCUGGGGCGAUGAAAUGCCCGUCUUCGCGGGUGUUCUCGGCCCGCAUGAUAGUUGUCGUGGUGGGCGAGAUCUUGAGGCAUUUGUUUCCUGGUGACUCUCCGCCCGACUGGGAGAUGACGGGAGAGGAGUGGGAUGCGGCUGCUAGGCGGGGAGAUGUCUUGCGUUCGGGGCGGAAUGAGUACAACGGUGUCAACGUAGUUUCGAUUCUGCGGUGA